GUGAGAAUGACAACAAGAUGGCGGAAGUGUGAGGAGUGUCCCAGCCCUUUGUCCGAACCGGGGCCUUUUCCUUAGUUUUUGCCCUUUCUCUGUGGGUCAAGAACACCCAUAAGCAAUCCGCAGAGAUGGCGGAACGGGUGGAAUGGGUGGAAAUCAUCGAGCCGAGGACUAAAGAGCACAUGUACGCCAAUUUGAUCACGGGCGAGUGCGUGUGGGAUCCUCCGCCCGGCUGCAAAGUGAAGCGAACCAACGACAAUCAAUGGUGGGAAUUGUUCGACCAAAACGCCGGAAGGUUUUACUACUACAACGCUACGUCUCAGAGAACUGUGUGGCAUCGCCCGCAAAAUGCCGACAUCAUACCGCUGGCCAAACUACAGACUCUCAAACAAAAUACAGAAGUGCGCGAGGAGUCGAGUCCGGAUGACGGUCGGCCCAGGAAAGUCACUUGCGAGAUGUCCACUCAAACCUCCCCGGACGAUCUGGACGCGGAGAAUAGUACGGUACCGUUGUCGUAUGAAGCGAGGUUCGCCAGCUCGCCCAGGUACCGCAGGGGGACCGACUCCCCUUCCACCCGAAGACACGAACGGUCCGAGAGGCAGAGACGAAGCGAGCGACGGAAACAUAGCAUGCAACAACAGACAUCCGCCUCCUCCCCUGAGACGCCUAGGGCGGAGAGGCCCAGAAUUAAAACUAACGGGACACACCAGUACAGAGGAAGUGAAGCCUCCCUUGCUGCUAAGAGUGCCAUGAGCCCCAGAGUGUCACACAAACCAAAGUUCCCGCAAACGUCAAAACGACAGUAUCUCGCCCGACAACAGGCGCAGGCAGAACGGGAAAUGCGGGAAGGCCACACUAGUCCAUACAGUACCUCAGACGGGAGCGAACACUCCACGCCCUCCAAUAGUCACAGUCGACAGGGUAGCAAGUCGUCUCUACAGAACACCUCGUACACCGUAGAUGGCAGGAUGGUUUCGCGGAAAGCGAGUGUUACGUCACAGCAUGGCACGUCACAGAGUUAUCCCAUGGAGACAUCCGAGGGGUCGCACAGUCGGCAAGGUAGCAUGAGGUCGCGCAAUCGUGAUGACGAACCGACAUACGUCAACACGGAGUUCCUCGCCAGGAUUGCGGCGCCCACCGAGCCGCUGACAGACUACCCCCGGCAAAAAACGACAGGGCAGCAAGUAUCGCAGGACACACAGUCUUACUCAUCUUCGUUCCAAACGGACCAGUACCAGUUCACCACAUUUGGGCACAGUAGACAGCGUGGUGCAGCGGGAGACGGGCAGGUCGUGUCCAGUCCUCGGAUGGGCGUGAGUGUCGUAGAUAGAGAGCAGCAGUACACGAGCCACAGCAGGCAGGGCAGCGUGUCAUCCUCGCAUCAGCGAGACUUACCCUCCAGUCCAACCAUGGGACACUCCCACAUGCAGGUGUCCACCUCCAGUUUCGCCCCAAUACGACAGAGUCCGGGAAGUCCCAUCUACUCCCACUACUCACAUGUACCAGGAAGCCCCAGUUUAUCGCGCAGACACGACAGGGAAACACCGGACAGCCCGAUUCUUGUUCGUUCACACCUCUCUGCACCAGGAAGUCCCAGCUACUCUGACCCUGGCGACCAUUUCUCCGCCAGGAAAGAUAGUUUUGUUGCCUCCCAACAGUCCUUACAUAGCAAUGCUAGUAACUCUCUCCGCGACGGGAGUUUCGAGUACGAGAGCGACGGAGUCUUCAGUAGUCCCUCCCCCGGGUCGAAGAUGAUACAUGAGAACACGGAUCCAAACUCGUGGCACGCGUCGCUCAGAAGAAAGAAGUCAGACAGCUCCGCGAUGACAGCGCUAGAGAAGAGUCAGUCUCUCCAGAGUAACAUCUCUCCCCCUCCCCCUCUCAUGCAGUCCCAGUCUGUGGAUCUGUCUGUCAAAGACGCCCCAAACUUGUUCCAGCAUGACCCUCGCUCCUGCACGGUGCCAGGAAUGGCCAGGAGAUCGUCUGCCACAGCCAUAUCACCACCCGGGGUGUUCAGGAGCAAGCCAUCAUCAGAAAGCGACAUCGAAAACUUUGCCCAGGAGCACCUGGCCAUCCCUAAGAAGGGCAUCUUCAAAAAGAAGGUGUCUGUAGCCAGCAUGUUAUCCUGGAGCAAAGAACCCAUCAAGCAGCCACUUAUCGUGACGGAAGACAAGAUACUAAAGAAGGAAGCGGUGGAGCUCUUCAAGUUGAUACAGGGAUACAUGGGUGACCGCAAGUGUAAGGGAACGCAGGACGAGAUUGCUCUGGAGCUGACUACGAAAGGUUGGAGCACGGCGGUUGUCCGGGACGAAAUCUACAUCCAGCUCUGCAAGCAGACAACAGAGAACAAGAAAGCGGAGAGUCUGGAGAAGGGCUGGGAGCUGAUGGCCAUCUGUCUGACGUUCUUCCCCCCCUCCCCCAAGUUCCACAGUUUUCUGGAGAGUUAUGUCACCAAGAACCAGGACCCCAUCGCUGACGUCAUGGCAAUGACCCAGGUGGUGUCUGUUCUGCCUGUACUACAGGGGGUCCCCGUCACCAAGUACGCCAAGAUCUGCGGCAAGCGCCUGGAGCGCAUCUUCAAGUCGGGCGCGCGGCACGGCACCAAGAAGCCGUCCUUUGAGGAGAUCAACCAGUCCAGGAACACCAUCUUCAACCCGUCCAUGUUCGGCACGACCCUGGAGGAGAUCAUGGAGAUGCAGAAGGACCGUUUCCCGGACUACACGUUGCCGUGGAUACAGACCGUGCUGUCGGAGGAGGUCCUGAGGCUGCAGGGGACGGAGACGGAGGGGAUAUUCCGCGUGCCGGGGGACAUAGACUCGGUGAACGAGCUGAAGCUGAUGUGCGACCAGUGGCAGCUGCCGGAGUGCGACGACCCCCACGUCCCCAGCUCCCUCCUCAAACUGUGGUACCGAGAGCUGGCCGAGCCGCUCAUUCCACACAAGUUCUACGAGGACUGCGUGGAACACUACGAGGACGUGGAGAAGGUGUUGAACGUUGUGAAUUCUCUGCCGGAGAUCAACCGCCUGGUACUGUGCUAUCUCGUACGCUUCCUUCAGGUCUUCUCAGCCCCGCAGAACGUGACGCAAACCAAAAUGGACGCCAGUAACCUGGCCAUGGUCAUGGCCCCCAACUGUUUGCGCUGCCCCUUGGACGACCCUAAAGUGAUCUUCGAGAACACCAGGAAAGAAAUGUCCUUCUUACGCACACUACUACAGAACCUGGACACCAGCUUCUUGGAAGGAGUGCAGUGAGGCAUGCUGGGAACUGCAAGGGAUUAUGGGCGAACAUUGUCCCCUGUGGGUAACAUUAAUGACGAAGUACCUCGAUUGUGAAGAUAUUUAGAAGCAAUUGUAGUGUAAUUAUAAGUCUGAAGGAUGGUUGUCCAACAGAAAGGCUGUGACAGAACAUGUGGGAGAAACAAAUUCUGGAAAGGAGAAGGAAUGAAGGAAAGGACACAGGAGUGAUACUCGUGAUGUUACUGUGGGUGGCAGUACCGUGCUGUCAGACAUGAUGUCAGCCGCUCUGUCACCCACACAGAAGCUAAAGUUCAUUAGCAUGAAUGUGUCACGUGACAGAAAAGUGGUGAAGAAAAACUGUGUAAGGAAAAGGAUCUGCUUUAGGGAUUGUUGUACUUGGAACUCAUUCAUUAUAAUUGCUUUUACUUAAGAAGUAUUUUCAUCUGCGAAAAUAAGAAGUUGUCUGUCCUCCAAGAAAUGAAGCCAAGCUUUAUAAAAAAUCUCAUCCUGUUAUGCUGUGUAACAUGUUACACUGUCAUAGGAAAACACUUUAAUGUUGUUUAGGAUGAUAACUCCCUGUUUCCAAUUGAAGUAGGGUCAAAUGAUACCGCACAAUAUGUAUUAAUGGCUUCAAAUUUUCCUCAAAAUUGGUCCUGGCUGGGGCACACAUAGUAGAGCAAGGAAGAAAAGGAUAAUAUCAAAUUGUCACUCAUAAAUGUUUUUCUUCACACAAUUCAUCAAACAGAUCCUUUGUCUUACCGACAGUUUGAGGCAUAGAGUAAGUUGUCUUGGAAGACAUGGAAUGGUGACAUAAGAAGGCACUGAUACGGGUUCGAAGGUGGUCGAAGAUUUCUUAAAGAGUCCGUCUUGUUAGUAGUGUAACAAGGAGGAAAAAGAAGACGUUAGAACUAAGUAUUUGUACAUAAGAGUGUACAGACCAAGAUUUCAAGAUACGUUAGUGAGGUUUAAUAUGAAGAGUAGAUGUAAGAGCACACUAAGCUGAUCUUGUACAUAGCAAUUCAAUGUGCAUAGGUAUAGUUAUAUGUAGAGUACGAAUGCUUGGUAGACGUAGACUCGCGUUGUGUGCACUGGUUGCAGAUCCAUGAAACUUUGUAGCGACCAAGUCAGCUCGUUAAGUAGUUGCAUAUCUUAUAGUGGCAUUGAAGUGAGAAAUCAUGUCUUAAGAUCAAAUUUUUUAAGUAGAACAAGUGGUUGUAAAGCCACAGCAUUUACAAAGUCUACUUUUUCAACCCUGGGCAAAGACUUAAUCAUGCAAUGCUGAUUUAAGACUGCUUCUUGGGGUCUCCAGCGAAUAUUGCGACUGUUUACUUACUAACUAAGCUAGUUGUGAAUGUAGUGAAAUAGGAUCAACGCUCUGCUAGAAUUGAAUCAUUGACGGAAAAUUGGAACAGCUCUUCCACUAUGGAGGAAUGUAAUGAAUUGAUUGGAAACAUUUGAGGAUUUAUGUACUAGUGGUAGGAAUCAGAAUUGUCCAGCUAAUUGUGCAAAGGCUAAAUUUUCAGACAAAUUCAUGUGUCAACUGUUUAAGGUCCUUGCCUCUCAAACCAUCAAGACAAAAGUCAAGCUUCCUAUUUGCAAACUGUACAAUACAACACCAUGUUCAAAUCACUAUUGGUACUUGCUUCCAAAAAUGGCCUUCCUGAGUUGUUGAAUACUUACUCCCCUAUAAUAUAGCUAUUGCUGCAUUGAUUUCGGCAAAUGGUGCUUGUUAGAAAUGCAUAGAAGGAUAUUGAUGGAUUUCAAGACAUCUUUCUUAAUGUAGUGUAUAACAGUAUAACUUCAUUGUACUUAAGUGGCUUGAGUCAACCAUUCA